GUUGAAGUUGAAGUUUACCGGAGAGAUUCUAAGAAGCUUCCUGGCCUGGGAGACCCCGACAUUGACUGGGAAGAGAGUGUCUACUUGAACCUCAUCUUACAGAAGCUGGAUUAUGUGGUGACAUGUGCUGUGUGCACACGCUCUGAUGGAGGAGAUAUUCACAUUCACAAGAAGAAAUCUCAGCAAGUGUUUGCAUCUCCUAGCAAGCAUCCAAUGGACAGUAAAGGAGAGGAGUCAAAGAUCAGCUACCCCAACAUAUUCUUCAUGAUUGACAGUUUUGAAGAGGUUUUCAGUGACAUGACUGUGGGAGAAGGAGAAAUGGUCUGUGUGGAGCUGGUGGCCAGUGACAAAAGCAACACCUUCCAAGGGGUGAUUUUUCAGGGGUCCAUCCGCUAUGAAGCACUCAAGAAGGUCUAUGACAACAGGGUGAGUGUUGCAGCUAAGAUGGCUCAAAGAAUGUCUUUUGGCUUUUAUAAAUAUAACAACAUGGAGUUUGUCCGAAUGAAAGGGCCACAAGGGAAAGGACACGCGGAGAUGGCAGUGAGUAGAGUUUCUACUGGUGACACUUCACCCUAUGGGACAGAGGAAGAUUCAAAUCCAGAAUCCCCAGUGCAUGAGAGAGUCACUUCUUUCAGCACACCGCCAACCCCAGAACGCAACAAUCGCCCAUCCUUUUUCUCCCCGUCCCUCAAGAGAAAAGUGCCCCGAAAUCGAAUUGCUGAGAUGAAAAAAUCCCACUCAGCAAAUGACAGCGAGGAGUUCUUCAGAGAUGAUGAUGGUGGAGAUCUGCACAACGCAACAAAUCUGAGGUCGCGGUCCUUAUCUGGAACAGGACGGUCUCUGGUGGGCUCCUGGCUGAAGCUGAACAGAACAGAUGAAAACUUUCUACUCUAUGCACACUUAACUUACAUCACUUUGCCAUUGCAUCGAAUUUUAACAGAUAUCCUGGAAGUGCGGCAGAAACCAAUUCUGAUGACAUAGCAGAGAGCGGGCACUGCCUUGGAGCCUUGUUGCCAAGUGCCUAACCACAGCGGUUUUCUGUGCUAACACUACCAUCUAGUGUCAGGAACAUAAACCUCCGCAGGAAAAAGGGAAGUCCAAGAAUACCAGCCGAUCAAAGUGCCUCUUUCUUCCUUCCUCUGCUGUCAUACACCGUAUGCACACGUGCAGUACAUCGCUUGAGUGUUUCUGACUGGAAGAGGACUUUCAGCAAGACAAAACAAGAAGGGGCCGCGUUUGAAACAAGUCAGCGCUU